AUCUUCUACUCUCCUCUCUCAACAUGCAUUAUCGUCAAACAUGAACGGAGCUGAAAAGUCUACAGCGACCGAGAUCUACGAUCCUAGCGCCAUCCCUGACUAUGACCGCGAUUUCAUCAACCCCGAUGAUCUGCGACAAUUCGAGAACGCCCUGACCGACCAGGGGGCCUCACCAUUGGUGGCCCUCAACGACUGGCGUCCGAUAUACCAGCGAGUACGGAAAGACCGUGGCCGUCGCAAAGGCCCGCGACGGACCAAGGAUGAAACCAGGGAAGGGGUGCUUUACACAUUUCUGAAGUGGCCGUUCCUGCUCAUCGUCUUUGGCUGGAUUACGGCCCUGGCUAUCGCCUACGCUUUGACGCGUAUCUACAUCGUUCUGUAUGAGCACUGGGUCUCAUGGAGGGGCCGGCGACAACGGCUCAGGAGGCAGCUUCAUGCGCAGACCAACUAUCGCGACUGGCUGAAAGCCGCCCAAGCGCUCGAUGACUACCUCGGCAAUCAGCGGUGGAAGGAAACAGAUGAAUAUGCCUACUACGACCACCUCACCAUCAACAACCUGGUGAGGCAGUUGCGGAAGGCGAGAAGAGAGGCAGAGCGUGAGAUGCACGAUAAGGGUGGCGGACCGGGAGAGACGCCUGCAGCUGAGGAGCUGUGCACCUUGCUGGAAGCGUGCGUCAAGAAUAACUUCGCUGGCGUGGAGAACCCCCGACUCUACAGUGAGGCCUACUCGGGGACCAAGAACCUGGUUCAAACGUACAUGGACGAGCUGCAUGCAUGCAUCCAGGUGGUUUCGGAGUCCAAGACGAUCAGCAACCAGGAGAAAUUGCGCCAUUUCAAGCAUUUGGACACCAACUUUGGACGAACCGCGCUUUGUCUCUCCGGUGGCGCUACAUUCGCAUACUACCACUUCGGUAUCGUGCGUGCGCUUCUAGAUAACAAUAUCUUACCGGAGAUCAUCACGGGGACAUCUGGAGGAGCGCUGGUUGCUGCUUUGGUCGCUACCCGCACUGAUGAGGAACUGAAACAGCUCCUUGUUCCUGCACUCGCCCACCGGAUCAAGGCCUGCCACGAAAGCUUUCCGAAGUGGUUCAUGCGCUGGUGGCGGACAGGCGCUCGGUUUGACACUCUCGAGUGGGCCCGUCAAUGUAGCUGGUUCUGCAGGGGGUCGAUGACAUUUCGAGAGGCAUAUGAACGAACGGGGCGCAUAUUGAACGUCUCCUGUGUCCCGUCGGACCCUCAUUCGCCCACGAUCCUGGCCAACUAUCUUACCUCACCCGAUUGUGUCAUCUGGAGUGCUGUCCUGGCAUCCGCGGCAGUCCCUGGAAUCCUGAAUCCUGUUGUGCUGAUGACCAAAAAACGCGACGGCACACUUGCUCCAUACUCCUUUGGACACAAGUGGAAGGACGGUAGCCUGCGCACAGACAUUCCCAUCAAAGCUUUGAAUCUACAUUUCAACGUCAACUUCACCAUUGUUUCGCAGGUCAACCCUCAUAUCAACCUUUUCUUUUUCAGCUCUCGAGGCUCGGUCGGCCGACCAGUCACCCACCGCAAGGGUCGAGGCUGGCGCGGAGGAUUCCUGGGCUCCGCGAUCGAACAAUACAUCAAGCUCGACAUGAACAAAUGGCUCCGGGUUCUGAGGCAUCUCGAGCUUCUUCCCCGUCCACUAGGCCAAGACUGGAGCGAGAUCUGGCUUCAGAAGUUCAGCGGCACCGUGACCAUCUGGCCCAAGACCAUCCCCUCGGAUUUCUGGCACAUCCUCUCGGACCCGGACCCCGAGCGUCUGGCGCGCAUGCUACGUGUCGGUCAACAGAGCGCCUUCCCCAAGAUCCAAUUCAUCAAGAACAGACUCAAGAUCGAGAUCGCCGUCGUCCAGGGACUGCACAAGUGCACGAACCCCGGCGGUCGAGGCCCGUCCCCGGCGCCGUCGCCAUGGCGUCCGAACGGAGGCUCGGAUAGCAGCAACCCCGCCGACACCUUAUCCCAGCGGUUGGACCAGAGCUUCCCCGAACGACAGACACACCACAUCAGCGACGAAGACACGCAUCAUUUAAUGGAUACGUCCUACUCGGACCUGUCCUCGGCAGAGGAAUCCUCCCGCGCAUCGUCCCGGAUGCGGUUGCGGGUCCCGGAACCCCGACGGGGGAGUUCGGGGAGCAAUAUCUUCGAAGAGAUGCGCCGCCAAUCGGCCGUGUUCUUCGACGACGUGGACAUGUAUGGUGAGAACGAUGCACUCCGCGGAGGAUAGGCGGUUGUAUCCCCGUCCAAUCGUCAAGUCGCCCAACUAUCUCGCGUGAAUUAUUUUUUCCUUUCAUACUUCUUAUUUAGCCAUGCUUAUUACGGAGGUGAUUUUGGUUAUUCUAGCCCCAUUGCAUCCUUUUCCUCUAUUUGCCCUGUCUAGUUUAGAUCAUCUCACCCAAGGUCCUGUAUCUUUGCACCACAUCCACUUACUAUAAGUUAGCUAGACGUUAGAUCCAUUGUAUAUUACACAUAUUACAUACGUUUGUCCCAACCAAAUACAAC